UAAUGAAUACUAACAAACGGAUGGUAGAUGAUUGUAUUUAAAACAUGCGCUCUCAUUAUCGCUUUUUCUCUAGACCAAGCUUCCGGUUUAAAUGGAGGAUCCCGUCUAAAAGCGUUCGCAUUCAUUCGUUAUCUGUGGUCGAUACUUAUCGCAUAAAUUAUACAUGCGUUUCUUAGGUUUAACCGCGAAUGUACGGAAGUACUUUUUUUAAUUGUUUAUAUACAGAUAUUAUAUAUGGACCAGACAGAAUAUUUUUUAGUAUUAACUAGAUGUGGCAACGUUAUAGUGAAGUGACAGUACCAUAACUAUUUUCCUUAAUCUUAUACGACCUUGGAAGUAAAUGUGAAUAUAAUGCCGUUAGCGAAUCUGACGGUUCCUUGGACAGAACAACAUGUAAAUGAAAAGCAAGGAUUAGAAAUUCUGUCUGAUGAGAAUCAGGAAGAAACAAUGAUUACUCAAGGAAAUAUUAUUGAGUCACGUUCAAAUGGGUGUUCGGAGUCCCAUGAAAUUGAAGUACGUGAGGUAGUUCGAGAAGGUCAUGAAAAGGCUGAUCCAUCUCACUUUGAACUAUUAAAAGUACUUUGUCAAGGUUCUUUUGGCAAGGUAUUUUUAGUACGUAAAGUUGUAGGAAAGGAUAGUGGCACGCUAUAUGCCAUGAAGGUUCUUAAAAAGGCGACUUUAAAAGUCAGAGACAGAGUAAGAACAAAAAUGGAAAGAAAUAUAUUGGUUGAUGUGGAGCAUCCAUUCAUUGUUCGACUACACUAUGCAUUCCAGACAGAGGGCAAACUGUACUUGAUCUUAGACUUCUUAAGGGGUGGUGAUCUUUUUACAAGACUAUCCAAAGAGGUCAUGUUUACAGAAGAAGAUGCUAAAUUUUAUCUUGCUGAACUUGCACUUGCAUUGGAUCACAUACAUAAUCUUGGUAUAAUAUAUCGCGAUUUGAAACCAGAAAAUAUUUUAUUGGAUACUGAAGGGCAUAUCUCUUUAACUGAUUUUGGCUUAAGUAAGCAAUCGUUGGAUAAUUCUAAAACAUAUUCAUUUUGCGGUACUAUCGAAUAUAUGGCGCCAGAAAUAGUUAAAGGAAAAGGGCAUUCUUAUGCUGCAGAUUGGUGGAGCUUUGGUAUCCUCAUGUUUGAGAUGUUAACGGGUGCACUACCAUUCCAAGGUGUUAAUAGAAAAGAAACUAUGAAUCAAAUAUUAAAAGCUAAACUUACCAUGCCUUCUAAUAUAUCACUGGAAGCCCGAGCAUUGUUACGAGUAUUGUUUAAAAGAAAUCCAGCUAAUAGACUUGGAUUUGGUGGUGUAGAAGAAAUUAAAAACCAUAUAUUUUUUGGAACAAUUGAUUGGGAUGCUCUUUAUAGGAAAGAGAUAAGACCCCCGUUCAAACCAGCUGUUAGUCGAGAGGAUGAUACAUUUUAUUUUGAUAGUGAAUUUACAUGUAAAACUCCUAAAGAUUCUCCCGGUGUACCUCCUAGUGCAAAUGCUCAUGAAUUGUUUCGUGGAUUUAGUUUCGUUGCACCCUGUUUGCUAGAAGAUCAUACAAAACCUCCAGAGUACAAAAACUGUGAUAGUAUUAAUAAUACUGUCCCUGCUUAUGUCAAUCCUAUUUUAGUAACAGACGAAUAUGAAUUUAAACAUGAAAUAGGUAAAGGAACUUAUAGUACCGUUUAUUUAGCGGUUCAUAAGGCAACUAGAACUGAAUAUGCUAUUAAGGUGAUUGAAAAAGCAAAACGAGAUCCAUCAGAGGAAAUAGAAAUACUGUUACGAUAUGGAAGGCAUCCACAUAUCGUAACUCUAAGAACUGUUCACGAAGACGAUAGACGAGUUUAUCUUGUGUUAGAACUUUUGCGAGGUGGGGAACUUCUUGAUCGAUUAUUACAAAGACGUAAUUUUACAGAAAAGGAAGCUGCCGAAGUGAUAUACACAAUUACUAGUGUAGUUCAUUAUUUACAUGAUAAUGGAGUAGUCCAUCGUGACUUGAAACCGUCAAAUAUAUUAUUUUCAAAACCUGGUGGCGAUCCAAGUACAUUGUGCAUAUGUGAUCUUGGAUUUGCUAAACAGUUACGUGCAGAAAAUGGUUUAUUAAUGACACCAUGUUAUACAGCCAAUUUUGUUGCACCUGAAGUAUUAAAACGGCAAGGAUAUGAUACUGCUUGUGAUAUCUGGUCUUUAGGUGUCUUAUUAUAUAUUAUGCUUGCUGGAUACACUCCUUUCCGAAAUAGUCCAGGGGAUAGUGCAACAGAUAUACUUAAUCACAUUGGACCUGGAUAUAUAGAUGUAGAAAGCGGUGUCUGGUGUCAAAUAUCAGUGGAAGCCAAAGAAUUGGUCAAGAGAAUGUUACAUGUCGACCCUAAUCGUAGGCCUACAGCAGCUCUUAUUUUAAAAUAUCCUUGGGUUGCAAAUCGUCAUCAUCUUCCACAAAAAAUGUUACCUGACAUCAAUACAGAUCCACGUAGUUUAAAGAUGGCAGUUGCAGCAACAUACAGAGCAAUGUCAAGUAGUCCAAGAUCACCUCAUAUCGGGCCUGUAGUUUUAUCAGAAUUAGCACGUCGUAGAACACAAGCUAAACCAGGUCCUACAGAGAUUUAAAAUUCAAUUAUAAAGUAAGUUAGAUGAAACAAAAAGAGAAGAAAAAAGAAGGAAUUACAGAUUACCUAAAAGAAUUUUAAAGAGGAAAUUUUGACAUGUACAAGCCAGAUAAUUUAAAGUACAAGAAAAGAGAAGCUAAAUGUUUCUAUUGGCACUAUCACUGUUAUUAUUAAAUUAAUUAUGUACAAAAUAUGUAAGACGCGUUUACAAAUCAGUGACAGU